AUGAUGAAGAAAACACCAGCACUUCAUCAGUCGUUCUUCUUCCUCCUUUUAACGACGUUAGCGAUUCUUUCCCUCUCGUUUCUCCCGACCGCGACGACGGCGAUUCGUCUCGAGCCUGAAAAUACCAUCAACGAGAAGACUGAUGAAGUCGAGUUAGUUCUGCGAAACGAUGAUGAUAAGCGAGUUCUCCGAGAGAGUAAGAUCGAGGACGCCUUUGACGCGUGGUUGGUGAAAUACGAUAAAGAAAUCGCAAACGCGGAGGAACGAUUGAAACGAUUAAAGAUUUUCGGAGAGAAUUAUUUGUUCGUGCUCGAACACAACGCGAAAUAUGUCGCCGGGAAAGUCUCGCAUUACGUCGAGAUGAAUAAGUUUGCCGCGCACACGAGAGAGGAGUACCGAAAGAUGCUCGGGUUUAAAAAAUCUUUACGGCGAAAGAAAGAUUCCGGGGAGGCGGCCAAAGACGUUUCCCUGUGGGAAUACGAAGGAGUGGAAGCGCCGGAGUCUAUCGAUUGGGUCGAUGAAGGUGUCAUCACAACGCCAAAAAAUCAAGGCUCGUGUGGGUCGUGUUGGGCGUUCUCCGCGAUUGGGGCGGUGGAAGGCAUAAACGCGAUUAGAACUGGAAAGCUCGUCUCUUUGUCCGAACAAGAGUUGGUGUCGUGCGCCAGAGAAGGAGGCAAUCAAGGCUGCAAUGGUGGUUUAAUGGAUAAUGCUUUCGAAUGGAUCGUUGAAAACGGAGGCGUUGACAGCGAAAAGCAGUACCAGUACAAGGCUUCCUUCGAUGACUGCAAAACGAGAAAAACUUUAUUGCACAUUGCCUCGAUCGAUGGAUUUAACGACGUGCCGUCGAACGACGAAACCGCUUUGAAAAAAGCCGUGUCACAACAGCCCGUCUCGGUUGCGAUUGAAGCCGACCAGCGAUCGUUCCAAUUAUACGGAGGAGGUGUGUAUCACGCCGAAGAUUGUGGCACGCAGCUUGACCAUGGCGUUUUAGUCGUUGGUUAUGGCAUCGAUCACAACAGCUCAAACGUCAUCAUCCCGGGCGCGACGAAGAAAUAUUGGAAAAUUAAAAACUCGUGGAGCGAGCAGUGGGGAGAAGGAGGCUACAUCCGGAUCGCGAGAGAUGUUGAGAGUCCUUCGGGUAUGUGUGGUGUUGCCGAAAUGGCGAGCUACCCGGAGAAAACUAAAUUGUAA